CUAAUUCUAAUUAAAUGUUAAAGUACUUACAUAUCAAAUGUAUUAGUAUUUUUAGUAUAUACAAAAUAUUUGUCAUACAUUAAAUCGAUCGUUAAAUUACUCGUGAAGUGAGUGAAAUAACCUAAGAAGCUUAUAUACGAAUAUUACACUAUUUCCCUACAGUGUUAUAUCCCUAUAGUGCUUGUAGUUCAUAUUUUGUCUAUACUUAUCACUAAAGUCACGCACGCUUCGAAUGCAAUUUGAGCAAGUUUAAUUAUAUUCUUCAUAGAAUUUUUACAUAAUGGCAAUUUCUAUGAUAAAACGAUUAACUUCUGCUUUUCAAAAAAUUGAACAAGCAUUACACAUAAUUUUUAAUCGUAGAUUUCCUCCAGAAGCAUUAUGUGCAAUAGAUUAUAAUGGGUUAAAUCUUCCAUGCACUGUAAACAAUCGUGGUCGAUUUUCUCUAAAAGACAUCAUUGGAGAUGGAUUUUUGUGGGGAGUUCCAACAAUAAGACGUACCAUUGAAAAACGUAUGAGUAGAAGAUUUGGACAUCCAAAAUAUAACUGGAAACCACCUGUUCCAAAAACUAAUCUUUUGAUGUGUCCCAAUUGUGGUAGUCAUCACGAGGCUGGACUUUUAUGUGGAUAUUGUUAUGAAAAAGUAAAAAUAGAAACAAAAGAAAUCCAAGAUGCCAUCCAAGAAAAAUUAGGAUUAAGUUCAGUUGAGGAAGAUGUUAUUGUUAUUUAUGAAGGAGAAAAAGAAGGCAAGACGGAUGACUUCUGGAAGAAACAGAAAGUAAUAGAGAUGCCAAAGAAACGACCUGAAUGGUUUCAUGAAAAUCUUCUUGAACCAUCUACAGUUGAACCUUCCGAUAGUAAGGAUAUAAAACCGUCGCAACUUGCUUAAAACAAUUCAACAAAGUAUUUUCUAUAGAAGUUAUUUGAACAUUUAUUGUACUCCUUUUUUUAAUACUAUUUUAAUCAUUACAGAGAUUUAAUUUUUAUUAAACAAUCUAUAAUAUCUUUGUAAUGUCAGUAUGUUAAUUUGAUUUGAUUUAGAAAUAUUUUUAUUGUGAAAAUAAGUAGUAUAUUUGUAAAUAAUUUCUAUAUCCAGCAGUAUGCAAGAUACAAAUAUAUAAUCUAUAGUAAAAUAUUUGUUGGCUAUUCAUCCUUCAUAAUUGAUGCAAUAAUGUAUCAACAUUUUAUAGAAUUCACUGAUUGAAAACAAUGUUAUAAAUAAGGCAAAUAGAUCUAUGAGAAUUAUCAAUUAUUUACAUAUUUUACUAUCUUGUACUUAUCCAACAGUAACUUAGACUGCAUUAAUAAAUUGACAACAGAUUUUAUAGAA